GUGAGAAACUAAUGUGAUUUUGCUGAAACUCUGUCUUCUUCUACCAGCAUACUCAGAAGUCCGGCUCAUGACAAACGGCUCCUCUCAGUGUGAGGGGCAGGUGGAGAUGAACAUUUCUGGACGAUGGAGAGUGCUCUGUGCCUCCCACUGGAGUCUGGCCAAUGCCAAUGUUGUCUGUCAUCAUCUCGGCUGUAGAGUCGCCAUCUCCACCCCCAGAGGACCACACUUGGUGGAAGGAGGUGAUCAGAUCCUAACAGCCCGAUUUCACUGCUCAGGGGCUGAGUCCUUCCUGUGCAGUUGUCCUGUGACUGCCCUGGGUUGUCCUGACUGUUCCCAUGGCAACAUGGCCUCUGUGAUCUGCUCAGGAAAUCACACCCAGGUGCUGCCGCAGUGCAACGACUCCAUAUCUGAACCAGCAGGCUCUACGGCCUCAGAGGAGAGCGUCCCCUACUGCUCAGACAGCAGACAGCUCCGCCUGGUGGACGGAGGAGGUCUCUGUGCCGGGAGAGUGGAGAUCCUUGACCAGGGCUCCUGGGGCACCAUCUGUGAUGACGGCUGGGACCUGGACGAUGCCCACGUGGUGUGCAGGCAGCUGGGCUGUGGAGAAGCCCUCAAUGCCACGGGGUCUACUCACUUUGGGGCAGGAUCAGGGCCCAUCUGGCUGGACGACCUGAACUGCAUAGGAAAGGAGUCCCACGUGUGGAGGUGCCCUUCCCGGGAGUGGGGGCAGCACGACUGCAGACACAAGCAGGACGCGGGGGUCAUCUGCUCAGAGUUCCUGGCCCUCAGGAUGGUGAGCAAGGACCAGCAGUGUGCUGGGUGGCUGGAAGUUUUCUACAAUGGGACCUGGGGCAGUGUCUGCCACAGCCCCAUGGAAGACAUCACUGUGUCCGUGAUCUGCAGACAGCUUGGCUGUGGGGACAGUGGAACAUUCAACUCCUCUGUUGGUCUCAGAGAAGGUUCUAGACCCCGGUGGGUGGAUGGAAUCUGCUGUCAGAAAACUGACACCUCUCUCUGGCAGUGUCCUUCUGACCCUUGGAAUUACACUUCAUGCUCUCCAAAGGAGGAAGCCUAUAUUUCGUGUGCAGGAAACCAGACCCAGGUGCUUCCCCAGUGCAAUGACUCCGUGUCCGAACCAGCAGGCUCUGAAGCCUCAGAGGACAGCGCCCCCUACUGCUCAGACAGCAGACAGAUCCGCCUGGUUGAUGGGGGGGGUCACUGUGCCGGGAGAGUGGAGAUCCUUGACCAGGGCUCCUGGGGCACCAUCUGUGAUGACGGCUGGAUCCUGGAUGAUGCCCACGUGGUGUGUAGGCAGCUGGGCUGUGGACAAGCCCUCAAUGCCACGAGGUCUGCUCCCUUUAGGGAGGGAUCAGGGCCCAUCUGGCUGGACGACCUGAACUGAACAGGAAAGGAGUCCCACGUGUGGAGGUGCCCUUCCCGGGGCUGGGGGCGGCAUGACUGCAGACACAAGGAGGACGCGGGGGUCAUCUGCUCAGAGUGCCUGUCCCUCAGGAUGGUGAGCGAGGACCAGCAGUGUGCUGGGUGGCUGGAAGUUUUCUACAAUGGGACCUGGGGCAGUAUCUGCCAUAACCCCAUAGAUGACAUCACUGUGUCCGUGAUCUGCAGACAGCUUGGCUGUGGGGACAGUGGAACCCUCGACACUUUUGUUGCUCUUAGAGAAGGUUCUAGACCCUGGUGGGUAGAUGGAAUUCAGUAUCAGAAAACUGACACCUCUCUCUGGCAGUGUCCUUCUGACCCUUGGAAAUACAGUUCCUGCUCUCCAAAGGAGGAAGCCUAUAUCUCGUGUGCAGGAAGAAGACCCAAGAGCUGUCCAACUGCUGCCCCCUGCACAGACAGAGAGAAGCUCCAGCUCAGGGGAGGAGACAGCAAGUGCUCAGGGCGGGUGGAGGUCUGGCACAGCGGCUCCUGGGGCACCGUGUGCGAUGACUCCUGGAGCCUGGCAGAGGUCGAGGUGGUGUAUCAGCAGCUGGGCUGUGACCAGGCCCUGGAAGCCAUGCAGUCUGCAGCAUUUGGCCCUGGAAAUGGGAGCAUCUGGCUGGAUGAGGUGCAGUGCGGGGGUCGGGAGUCUUCCCUGUGGGACUGUGCUGUGGAGCCCUGGGGGCAGAGAGAUUGCAAGCACAAGGAGGAUGCUGGUAUGAGGUGCUCUGGUGCAAGGACAACAUUGCCUCUGACUACAGCAGCCUUAUCCAGCUAUGAAGAUGCUCUUGCUGAAGCUGUGUAUGAGGAGCUCGGUUACCUUGUGACUCAGAAGGAGGGUCUUCUGGGCAGCCCAGGUGGGUGUCCCUGCCUGCCUUCCUGGGACCUCUGGUUGUCACCUCCCACUGGCUGUGAACAUCUUCUCAGCAUCCACAGACCCCACGUGUGCCCCAGGCUUACAGAGGCAGCUCUCCAAAGUGGCAGGAUGGCCUCUCAGAGCCCCGUGAGCCCCCAGCCCCCAUCUACACUGCAGGAUCCAGGCCUCCUGUCAGAUGGUGAGGACAACAAUGACUCCACAUCUGCUCCAGAAGUGCCAGAUCAGAGGACUGUUGCCCUUGGUGAGGAUUACGAUGAUGGUGAAGAGGUACCAGUGACUGGGGCUCCUCCUGACUCUCAGGGGAGUGAGGAGGAAGUGCUCCCAGAGAAGGAAGAUGGGAUGAGGUCUCAGACAGGCUCUUCUCUAAACGUCUCUAGAAAGGAAGCUGAUCCUGGGGAAGGAGAACAGAGCCCCUGCCUACUCCAGGGGGAGAAAGGGGACCCUGGGUAUGAUGAUGUUGAACUCAGUGUCCCGGGAACAUCCACAGUGGCUUUCCUGUGAUGUUGUAUUAAAUACAAGAUGAUGCCUCAGAUAUUCUGCUGCUGCUGCUAAGUCACUUCAGUGGUGUCUGAUUCUGUGUGACCCCAAGAUGGCAGCCCACCAGGCUCCCCCAUCCCUGGGAUUCUCCAGGCAAGAACACU